AUGGCUUCGUCUUCGUCUUCGACUUUACAAGCAUUUUUAUCCUGGGCCAAAGAUAAUGGAGUUGUUUCAAAUAUAAAAGUACAAGAGAUACCAGAUAAAGGACUAGGAUUUGUCACAAAACAAAAUGUUCUUCGAGACAACUCAAUAAUAGCCUUUAUACCGUUCAAUAUAUUACUUAACGCGACAAAAAUAUAUAAAUAUGCAAAAGAGAAAGCACCAAAAUUGGAAGAAACUUUUAAUGCGUUAAUCGCAGAAGGAAAGCCUUUACCAGAACGCGUUAUAUUUAUACUUUUUUUAUUAUAUGAAAGAAUGAGUAAAGUUACGUCAGGAGGGGAAGUACCAUCACUAUGGAAAGCAUAUAUUGAUAUCUUACCUCGUACACUUCAUACACCAUUAUUUUAUGAUCAAAUAUUGAGAGCAUGUCUUGAUGGUACAAGUUUAAAACCAGCAGUAGAUGCAAAGUUUAAUAAAUUAAAAAAAGAAUAUGAAUCAUUUAGGCCAUUAUUUAAUAAAUGGUCAAAUAUAGAAGAAAAUGGCGGACAUGAUGUUGUCACGUUUGAGCACUUUAGAUGGGCAGACGGAGUAUUUUGGUCAAGAGUAUUAUCAUUUGGCAGUAGAUUUCAAACAAUUAAUUCUCCUAUUGGGGAUGAAUCAGAUGAUUUUCAUUUAGUACCAUUUCUCGAUUUUGCUAAUCAUUCUUUAACUCCUCAUGCAAGGUGGGAAAUUGGACCUGAAGGGGUUGAAUUAAUUCUUACCAGAUCUGAUUCACCUGAACAAAUAACUCCUGAUACUGAAAUUUGUAUUUCUUAUGGUGAUAAACCAAAUUCUGAAUUAUUAUUUGUACAUGGAUUUACUUUAUCUGACAAUCCGUCAUCUGCGAUUUCAUUUCCCGUUCCGUUCUAUGAUGAUGACGAAUUGGCAAAAGCAAAAUUAUCAUUUAUGCAAUAUCAUGGUAUCAAACUUUUAGUUUCUCUUACUAGAAAAAAAGGAGGAGCGGAGUUAUCGCAUGAUUCAACCAGAGCAAUGUGGAUAUGUGUAUUAACAGAAGAAGAUGGAAUUAAAUUUAAAAUGAAUCCAAAUAAUCCAUCUCAUCCUGUUGAUUUAUUUAUUGGGAAUCAAAUAAUUCCAACACUUGACGUUUUAGAUAAUGUUAUUAAUAGUAUGGAAUUAUUACCUGUAAUUGAAUAUAAAGUUACAGAAACAGUAUUAGAAAAUGUUGAUAAUUUAUUAUCUCAUCUUAAACAAACAAACGAACAAGUAUUAAAAAUGAUGGAACAUGGAAAAAUUUCACGUGAAUUAGAAUAUAUUAGAAUAUAUAGAGAAGAUGAAUUUAAAUUUUUGGAAUUUGCUGUUGAAGAUUUUACGAGAAAACGUGACGCUUUAAAGGCUGACGAAGUUGUUCAACGUUUUAUGCUUAAUGACAACGAGUAA